AUGCAGAUCUUUUUAGCUUGCAGUUUUGGCUUGCAGAUAUUUUUUGGUUUUUUAAGCGCCAAGCUCGACGGACAGCUGAUGCGGCGGAUGCGGAAGAGCCUUCGACGGCUGGCCAAGAAACACGGGCUGGAUACACAGGAGAAAGAGAAGGACCCGGCGUACAUCGAGGACACGGCUACGCUUCAGAAGACCGUCCUACGGACGCAGGAGAAGAGAUUCUGGCUUGGGCUGCAGCGGAUGCAGAUCUGCCUCUACAACCUGCUCGGCCUCUUCACGCUGAACCGGAAGAGCGCCAUCCUCAACCUGCGAUUCAAGGACCUGCGGGUGUCGCUCCAGCGCGACCCCAGCGGGGGGCCCCACCCUCCGACGGUGGAAUUGAGCUACGAGUUUACGAAGCACCUCGGCUUCACACAGACGAACACGUUCACCCUGCCGGAGAUCAUCUACGAGCCGUCUCUGAUCCUCAGUCCGCAUACUUUUCUCUUCGGCAUCCUGUUCUUCUUCGAAGCGUUCAGUGCUCCCAGUCUAACCUCAAUGGCCAAGCUCAGGGGACUGGAGAUCGGGGGCGGCCGACAGCAGCUGCUGAUCCCGCUGAAGCCAGAGAUGGCCAAUCACUAUGUCUUCUGCAGAGUGGCGAAGGAGGACGGCGAGGUCCGCAUCUUCCCUGAAGAAAAGAUGGACCCUUCGUCCUCCGUCCGUACGAUGGCCGAGAUCGCCGGUUUUCUCCACUGCUGGUUCAACCAUCGCUUCCAGUAUGGCGGGGGUCUGAUCCUCAACAAGAGUGAAUCUAGUCCUGAAGCAUGCCAAUAUCCCCACGUUUCUGGAACACUAUAUUCCACGCAAUGUGGGCCUCAAUAUGCAGGCACUGAUCAGCGGCUUGGACCCCAAUUCCCCUCUGAUACGAGCCAUCACGCGGAUCGGCCGCUUUCUCGACAAACGGCGUCCACGACAUCUGACGGAUGCGCAGAAGGCGAUCGUGGAACAGGACCCAGAGCUGCAGGAAGCCAUCCAAAAGCGAGACCGGGCCAAACAGCGUGCCGUGCAGCCAAUGAUCCCGGGGCAAUUGAGAAGCUUGAAAAGCGAACGGCCGACGUCAACAAGACAAGAAAGCGGCUUCUCUAUAAGUACCGGAAACGGGUUCGGGAGGAGUUCGACGACGAGCAAGCCGUGAUCGACAUCGAACGGCAGCUCUCCGGCGAGGCGGUGGACGAGGAGGCAAAGGAGACGCUGCAGGACGAACAGUUGCUCCCGGCGAUGAUCUAUCUUUUCUCAAAGCUCCUGACAUGGCCGACAUCUAGAUCGGUGGAGGUGGAGUUGCGGCGACGGGACGCCGGUGCUGAUGCCGUUCAGAUGUACUGUGGUGUCCUCGAGGGUGGGCCGCGCCGGGGACGGAGACCAAAGGCCCCCCCACCGCCGCCGCCACACCCCCCGCAGGCACCCGAUGGCACCAACGAUGCGAACGAUGCUCACGGCGAGGUUACCUCUGCUGGGGGGUGGGAUGAUGCCCUCCGCGCCGCCGAGGAGCAUAUCCGCGACGCGAAGCAGCCUCGGGGGUGUUUUGAGUGUUACGCGCACCCCGGGUCGUCGGAUCACCGGCGCGUUCAUCGAUACUCGCGGCCCGCGGACCUGGGCCGCCAUUUCCGGGAUGAGCACCUCCGGCAUCUGAAGGACGGGGAGCCAGCGUGGUGCAGCUGGUGCCAGAUCAAACUGGAACACAGGAUGCAUGUGCAGAGUCAUGCAAAGAUGAUCCACCGAGUGCAUACAUAG